CGAAGAAGCUCUAACCUUCAAACAACAUGCCUUCAUCCGGACCUGGAUAUCCUACUCCUCUGGAUGCUAUGUACAAAGGACCUAGAGAAGAGAUUCUCUAUGUUGUCUGCAUUCAACCGAACGCCGAUUCCAAGAAAGGAGACUUUCUUGCUACGGUCGACAUCAAUCCGAAAUCAUCCACCUAUCAGCAGAUAAUCCACAGGUUGCAUAUGGGUAAGAACAACGACGAAAUCCAUCACUCCGGUUGGAACACGUGCUCCAGUUGCUAUGGUUGCAAAGGGAUGGUCAGAGAUAAGCUGAUUUUACCGUGCAUGGAAUCCGAUAGGAUCGUCGUCGUGGAUACGGGUAAAAACCCUAAAGCUCCGGCCAUCCACAAGAUCUUGGAAGCAUCCGAAAUGCAUGCCUUCAACUGCGCCACUCCGCACACAAUCCAUUGUCUCUCCAAUGGUGAUAUUAUGAUCAACGUGUUGGGAGACACUGACGGUCAAGGCAAAUGCGAUUUUCUGCUGCUCGAUGGAAAAACCUUCAAGCCGAAGGGCACUUGGACCAACGGAAGAUUGGCUAAAUUCGGGUACGAUUUCUGGUAUCAACCCUUCUUCGACGUGAUGAUUUCUUCAGGUUGGGGAGCCCCGAAGAACUUCAAGACGGGCUUCGUUCCAGCCCAAAUCAUUGACCCGAACGCUUACGGAACUGCUCUUAAUUUCUACUGUUGGAGCAAGAGGGAGCUCAUCCAGACCAUCGAUUUAGGCCCAGAUGGUUGCGCUCCUCUCGAAGUGCGUUUCGUGCACAAUCCUAAAGAAUGCACAGGCUUCGUUGCUUGCGCAGUAAUGUCUAAUGUUUACAGAUUCUAUCAAAAAGAAGAUGGAACUUUCGCAGCAGAUAAAGUAAUUGACGUGAAAGGUUACAAAGUCACUGGAGGAGGUUGGCCUAUGGAAUAUUUGCAAGGUUUCGUAAGCGAUUUAGUUAUCUCACUGGAUGACAAAUAUUUGUAUUUGAACAACUGGCUGCAAGGGGAUGUCCGGCAAUAUGACAUAACCGAUCGAGCCAAUCCAAAAUUAACUGGUCAAGUGUAUUUGGGUGGUCAAUUAACAAGCGAUUCACCAAUUAAAGUGGUCGAAGAGGAAUUCACUCCGCCAGAACCUGUGAUUAUCAAAGGAAAACGUUUGAAAGGUGGACCUCAGAUGAUGCAAUUAUCUUUAGAUGGUAAACGUCUUUAUGCGAGCAAUGAUCUAUACUCCGUGUGGGAUAGACAGUUCUAUCCAGAGGCAGUACAAGAAGGAGGGUGGAUUGUCAAAUUGGAUAUCGAUCAUAAAAAUGGCGGAAUGAAGCUGGAUAAGAAUUUCCUCAUCGAUUUUGGAAAAACUCCGGAUGGACCUGUUUUGGCUCACGAGAUGAGAUUUCCUGGUGGAGACUGCACAUCUGACAUCUGGAUGGCUAAAUAAGUGCGAUUCAACUCCGAUAUUAAGAAACAGUAGUAAAAUGCACAUAUGGGAUUUCU